AUGAAGUUCACUUCUACCUCUCUCGCGCUUCUCGCAAGCAUUCCCCUCGUCUACUCUCUUCCAACGACUUCUGUCGAUGAUCAGAUUUCUUUCGAGAUUCAGACAUCCAUCGAGCCUCAGACCACCGAGCCUGAGCCAACUGGCACGCCUCAGCCAUUCCCUACCAAUCCACCUCGGGGUUACGACGAUAUUAACGCCGCUGACCCCGACGACUGGCUCAAAGCAGUCAGGGAAGAAGCUGCCCGCCAGGCAGCCGCCGAUGGCAACACCGGCAAUUCGACUGGUCCCAUCCAAGCCGGAGGCGGCUGGAUCUACAAAGUCCACGCCAUGUAUACCGACAAGCUCGUCAAUGUCGGUGAUGUAGACACCUUCUACAUGUUCUGGACGCGCAUGUACGACGUCAGUGACGACAAGGGCGGUCUCUCGGAUGUCACCCGCGGAGCAUGGAGCAAGUUCUGCAACCCCCCCAAUCAGAACGACGGCGUCACCGACACAUUCGUUCUCGACGGUCAGUGGGGAGCCGUGGGCCGUCUGACCGGCUGGGCAAUGCGUGACGCCCUCAUCCACUCAAUGUGGAAGACCGCUGAUAGCAUUGGUCAGAAGAACGGCUACACUGUCUACAACAACUGCUACGGCUUCACCUGGCAGGAGGGUAAGCCGGGUAGAGCCGACUCCGCAUGCGGAGGACGGUCCGGCAAGCCUUGCCCGCAUAACUCUGACUGCCCCUUGGAGGGUAUGGAGUGCCUUGGCAUGAAAUGGGGAACUUGGAUGCCCAGCAUCAUCCGCAUCAACGUCUACAACCGAGACGGAUCCCUCCGAGCUGAUGCUUACCAGGCGAGAAUCUCUUCGCAGGCUCCUGGCUCCGGUGGUUGCUCCAAGGCCGAGCAAAUUGCUGCCCUUGUUGCCGGCUUUACCCCUAUUGUUGGGCCCUACUUCUCUGCUGGUAUUCGUCUCCACUGUUUGUUCCUGUGA